AUGAUGAAAUCUCUUCCUCCUUCUAGGAUUCUUGAGAUGACGAAGAUCACCCGUUCAAUAUCGAUUGACGAAAAGAUUCCUGACUCAUGGAGACACGCUAUUAUAGUUCCUCUCCACAAGAAGCUAUCCGUUACGGAACCCAGCAAUUACCAUGGAAUAUCAUUGCUGCGUGUAAUGUACAAGUAUUUGGAGCGGAUCAUCCUGGGUCGACUGAUCCGACAUCGCGAAGAAACCACUCGUGACGAGCAAGCCGGCUUUUGCUCUGGUCGAUCGACGAUUGACCAGCCUCUACAAAUAGCAUUCUUGGAUUUCAAAGCCGCUUUCGAUUCACCUCAAAGAGGCCGUCUUCUCAAUGCGCUUCUCGCCAAUGGAGUUCCAGAAAAGUACGUACGCCUAAUAAACGACAUGAAUAGAAGAACUGCUGCCGUCCGAACACCAGCAGGAUGUACUACACCGUUCGAAGUGGAAACUGAAGUGCUGCAGCUUACGAAGUGCGACUCCGCUCUGAUAAAUGCAAGCAGAUGUGAGUCUCCUCGAGACCCUCAACGGGAAUCAGGGUGA